UCCUGGAGAGAGAUCGCAAAAAUAGAUGUUUAUGGCAACAACUGUAUAAAAGUUGGCUGCAGAAUGUAUUUAUUGCAAACCUUUGAUGCUAGGAUGAUCCUGCUGGUCAUUUUAUUUGUGAAGGUUGUCCUCAACUGGCUCAUUUUAAGUGUAAAUCGAAAGGUGCUCCGGAGUCUAAUUGGCUAUUUCUGUAUCUCCUUAUCCCUGAUGGACUUGGCUUUGUUCACAAGCAUGGUGAUGACUUCAUUCCUGAAUAACUACAUCAUAAUCGGAGUUCAAAAUCAGAUCUGCCUGCACCUGCAGUUCUUCUCAGAUAUCUACCGUGUCUUGCACAUUCCAAUCUGUCUCCUAGCCGGUCUUGACUAUUUUGUGAACUUGCGCAAUCUCUCCAAAUCCUUAAAUGAAUCCUGGACUUUCACGUACCUCUUCACUGUGUUCUUAUUAUGGAUUGGAGCCAUAGUCUGUGCUUGUAUUGACUACAAGGUCCAUGUGGCAUGGAAAAUGACAUUAGACACCCUAUUGUACCAAUGUGAUAUUCCUUUCAGUAACCAGGGCCUACUUCUGUCUGUCUUGAUCCUUAUAAUCUUUGUCCUGGUCUCAAUUUAUUGCUGGUCUGACCUGACAUCCCUUGUCAGAUCCUUGCACGUGGGCUCUUAUUUAAAAGAAAUAGUGUUGUGGAGCUCCCAUCCAUCUGCCCAGCUACAGCCUCAGUCAAGCAAGAAACAGGUUCUGGCCAACAUCAUCCUGUGCUUUUCCCUGACCUGGAUGCCAUUUAUUCUGCUCCAGUUGGCUAUUGUUUUGAUUUGGGCGCCACUUCCAGCCUAUAUGGACUUGAAUGUUCCCUGGCUUUGCUUCAUAAACAGCUUCCUCAUUGGCACUGUCUACUGGCUGAAACACAAGGACAUCCCCCCUGAUGUUGUUUCUUUGAUCCCUGAUGGCUUCUGCCACUGGGAUCGCUGUAAGCUUCAGGAAGUUCCCUUUGUGUGCAAUGAGAACUGGGUCCAUGACAACAAGAUUCUAACGGCCUGAACAAAUGUCAUUGCAGUGAUCAGUUAUUGAUUGUUCCUCAUUUUCCAGCCUCACAACUGCAGAAGAACAUUUGACAAUCAUCAGUCUGAAUUAUCUAAAAAUUAUGUAUGAGUUGAAUCAUUAAAUUGAAUUUUAUUAAAUCUCUUAUUGUGCAGCUACCAAUUUUUUCCCUAAGGAUGCUAAUCAGUUUGCCAUUGUUUAUCUGUAAUUUCCAAGAUAUCAUUUAGGUGGCAUUUUAAUUAAAUUGAUUUAUUUAUUGAGGAAGCCGAAGAGGCCCUUCUGGCCCUUCAAGCCUCACAGCCCAGCAAUUGCCUGAUUUAUCCUAGCCUAAUCAUGAGACAAUUUACAAUGACCAAUUAACCUACCAACUGGUAUAUCUUUGGACUGUGGGACUUUAAAACUUUUUUAAAAAAAUAAAAAAAUAAUGAUUUAUGCUCAGUUACUGGGAUUAUUUUCUGGGGACAUGUGACCACAAUUUGCAAUAAUACUUUGAAAUAAAAGACUGCAGCUGGUUGGCAGUUUGUCAAAACAGGAGGAAAUGUGGAAGAAUUAAAACCAGGACCUGGGUGGGCAAUAAAUGGAACAGUGGGGUUGGGACCCAAAAGAGCAAAGGCUGCAUCAAAUCUGAGAAAUCGGUGGAGUCCAAAUUCCAGUGUCAUCUCCACUUUAAUGAACUGUCUUCCAACACAAUCAGGAGUAGGGAACCCUAAAAAUUCAACACCCUCUGAACUGAACUGAAAUAUACCUUUUGAUUUUUGUGUUUUGUGUUCUAUAAUUGUCACUUUUUGCAGUUUGCACAAUUUUUUUGCACGUGGGGGAGAGGAGGUUUGAUGUUUGAUAUUUUUUAUUGGGUUUGUUCCAUGGUUCUUUGACUCGUGACUGUCUGUGGGGAAGACUGGUUUCAGGGUUGUGUACUGCAUACACUGUGAUAACAAAAUAAUUUGAAUCUUUGAAGAAAUUUCUACAUGUUUUGGGUUAAGUUAGAACUAGAGAUCAUGGGUUAAGGGUGAAAGGUGAAAUGUUGAAGGGGAACAUGAGUGGGAACCUCUUCACUCAGAGGGUAAAGAGAGUGCGGAACGAGUCGCCAGCAAAAAUGGCAGAUGAUUUCAACAUUCAAGAGAAAUUUGGAUAGGUACGUGGAUGGGAGGGGUAUGCACUGCUCAGGAAGUGAAGGUUGAUGGAAGUAGGCAGCACAAUAGUUUACCAUGGACUAGAUGGGCCAAAGGGUCUGAUUCUGACUCUGACUCAAAAUUUUAAUGACUGGCCCCUUAUCCUGUAGCUCUGUGUCAAAGAGACUUCUAUGAGAGAAGUACAUUAUUGUCACAUGUACUGAGAUAGUGAAAAGCUUGUCUUGCACACUGUUCAUACAGAUCAGAUCAUUACACAGUGUGUUGAGCUGGAAUAAGGUAAAACAAUGACAAUGCAGAAUAAAGUGUAAAAGCUACCAAGAGAGUACAGUUCACAUAAAUGAUAAAGUGCAAAAUCAUAAGGUAAAUUCCGAAGCUAUGAGUCCAUUAAUCGGACAAGAGCAUUGUUUAAGAGUUUAAUAACAGUGGGGUAGAAGUUGUCAUUGAGCCAGGUGGUGCUCUGUAUCUGUAUACAUUCUGUAUCUUCCACCUGAUGGGAGAGGUGAAAAGAGAAAAUGUCCAUGUGGAUGGGGUCCUUGAUUAUGCUGGCUGUUUUACUGAGAUAGUGAGAAGUAUAGAGUGUCUAUAAAUCCAUAAGACCACAAGAAAUAGGAGUAGAAUUGGCCAUUCAACCCACUGAGUCUGUUCUGCCAUUCCAUCAUGGGUAAUUUAUUAUCCCUCACAACCUGAUUCUUCUGUCUUCUCUCCAUAACCCUUGAUGCUGAUUAAUCAAAAACGUAUCAAACUCCACUUCAAAUAUACCUAAUGACUCGGCCUCCACAGCUGUUUAUUGCAAUGAAUUCACUACACGUAAAUAUUGAAAUUCCUCAUCAUCUCUGUUCUAAAUGGAUGUCCUAUUCUGAGGCUGUGCCUUCUGUUCCUAGACUGCCCCACUAUAUGAAACAUCCUCUCCACAUCCAUUCUAUCCAAGCCUUUCAAUAUUCCAUAGGUUUCAAAGAUUUUCUCCCUCCAUUCUUUUUAAAUUCCAACAAGUACAGGCCCAGAGCCAUCAAAUGCUCCUCAUAUAUUAACCAUUUCAGUCCUGGAAUCAUUCUCAAGACCUCCAUUAGACAGUCUCCAAUAUCAGUACAUUAUUUUUCUUCAAUAAGAGGCCCAGAACUGCUCACAAUGUUCCAAGAGUGGUUUAACCAAUGCUUUCUAAAGCUUCAGUGUUGCAUCAUUGCUCGAUAUCCUAUGCCAGUAUCGGUAGGGGGAAGGCUGAUUUCAAUGAUGUGCUUAGCUGUGUCCACAAUACUCUGCAUUUUCUUGUUGUCAUGUACAGAGCUGUUGCCAUUUCAAGCCAUUAUGCAUCCAGCUAAAAUGGUCUCUAUAGUACAUCAUUAAAAAUUGGUAAAAGUUGACAGCAACUUCCCAAAUUUCCUUAGCUUCCUGAGGAACCAGAAGUGUUGGUGAGCAUUCUUGAGCAUGCAUCAAUGUAGUUGGACCAAUAUCUACUCUGUUAAAUCUUUUCAAGCCUUGUAUAUUGUGGUGAGCACUCAGUCCAUGAUCACAGACGAGAAGAGCAUGUUUAUCUCAACUGCUGUUUUUAUUGUGACAAGCGCAUUAACAGACAGAGUCCCAUCACUCAGCAGAACCAACUCAGUCACAUACAAACAGGAAAGAUGAUUAUUAUACACCCUGGUUACAGUCAGGGUGACCCACAAACACACAAGCAAACAACUAUAUAACCCAAUCUAAAAUGUAACAUUCACCUGAACAUCUCGCCAUAAUUCCACAAAUGCAUUUUAAAACAAGUUGAAAAUAAGUCAAAGUCUGUAUGGUUUCUGUCAAGGGAAAACUUGCCCGACAAUAUUUGUUAGAAUUCUUUGAGGAACUAACAAGCAGGGCAGACAAAGGAGAGGCAGUAGAUGUCAUUUACUUAAUUUUUCAGAAGGCAUUUGAUAAGGUGUCACAUGUGAGGCUAUUUAAUAAGAUAAAAUCCCAUGCUGUGACAGCAAAUCUACUGGCAUAGAUAGAGGAAGGAGGCAGCGUGUGCCAUGUGGCAAUUCGGCCUCUUGCAGGGAUAUGUGUCAGGAGGGAUGCGUGGACAGGGAAGCCAUGGGUGUAGUGACCCUUGUGGAAAGUGGAGGAGGGGAGGAAGCAAAGAUACGUUUGCUGGUAGGAUCCCUUUGGAGAUGGCAAACAUUGUGGAGAAUGAUGCAGAGACUCAUGGGAGUGGUAAGGACAAGAGGAACUCUAUCACUGUUAAUAUGGCAGGAAGAUUUCUUCCCCAUUCUGAUGUUUUGUCUGAACAACAGCAUUGCCCUAAUUGCUACGUUACCAUGACACCCAUUAUGCAUGUUGCAGAUAGAUACAGACAUCGGUAAAGCCAUACUUGGAAUAUUGUGUUAAUUUGGCUCUGCUGCUAUAGAAAAGUGUUAUUAAACUCUAAAUACAGAAAAGAUUUACCAGGAUGUGCCUGGACAUGGGGACCUGAGUUACAAGGAGAGGUUGUGUAGAAUAGGGCUUCACUCCCUGGAUCAUAGAUUGAGGUUGACUGGAUAGAGCAUGAACAGGAUAAAAGCACACAGUCUUUUUCCCAGAGAGGGAGUGUUAAAACACAAGGGCACAGGUUUAUGAUCAGAGGCAAGAGAUUCAAAGGACCAUCAGGAUCAGAUCCUUCACACAAAGGAUGAUGUGCAUUUGGAAUGAGUUGCUUGAAGAUGGUACCAGCCAACAAUGCUACCAUGGGCGACAUCCUCCAGAUGGUUCACAAAACCUCUUCUUCACUUCUUUUACAUCUUUUUCUUUCAAGUAUGGUUCUGAUACUGUUGAAGCCUGUGAUCUACAAUUUGAUGUGUAUUUUCAAGCCAAUUGAACAAUCUGGCACUUUGCUGUCUCAAAGAGGAUUCUGGGAGGUGAGCGGCCUCCUGGAAGCCAAGAAGCUUGGAGAUGGGGCACAAGCCCAUUAGUGACUCCAUUUCUCGCUGAUUAAAGUGUAGGCGAAGAUCGAAAAAAUCAAGGCAAGUGUGGAAGGUGAGUAUAUGUUCAGUGCUAUCCACCAGCCUCUCACUCAUUGCUGCCAGAGAUGUCUGUGUGUGAUAGUUACUCUCUCCCUCUCGCUCGCUGCUCCUGAAGGAAGGUUCCUGUGUUCAAGUAGCCUCUCUCCCUCCCUCAGUGCUAUCGGAGGAUGUUGCCAGAGCAAGGUUUAAUCAAUACAGCUUGUGGAUUGGACUGUCAUUCACAUUAUGAUGUGUUUUCUGGAACUCGUUUUCCUUUGUGGUUUUCAGGCAACUUCAAAUGAGGACAGCCUGCAGAUAUUGAACACUGGGCUAAACUGAAUAUGGACUCUUGUAUUUGUUAUGUAUUCUGUGUUUUCACUCAUUCUUUUUUGUUGCUAUUUGGGUGAUUUGUUAUUUGUGCUGGGGGGGGGGGUUGUGGUGGAGGUUGAUUGUUUUUCCUUGAACAGAUUCCAUGGCUGUCUGUGGGGAAGACGAGUCUCAGGGUUGUACACUGAAUACACACUUUGAUUAUAAAUGUACUUUGAAUCAGUGGUUGAGGUGGUCACAUUAACAUUUAAAAGCCACCUGGGUAAGUACAUGGUUAGGUCAAAGUUAGAGGGCUGUGGGCUAAAUUUAAGCAGAUGGGACUAGCUCAUUAGGCAAGCACAGCUGGUAUGAACGAGUUGAGCAUGUUUCUGUGCUGUGUGACACUUCACUAUUAUUGGAGAAUUGAAUAUCUGUUGCUACGUUAGUGUACCAGCAUCAGAAGGACUGCUGAAAUGUGAACUGAAUGUUUGGCCUGUUAGGGCAUAUCCUGGAGUUAUGGUGUAUAGCAAAUAUUAAUUUCAACAGCAACCAGUCUUCAGAUCUGAAUGGAGAUUGAGAUUGAAUUUAGAAUGCAUCUCUGAAUGUCAGUCUUCCUGAAGCUGUAGAUUGGGAUUGAUUGCAAAUCAGAAAAUACCCAUUCACUUGAGAUGUCUACAUAUUCAUGAAUGCAGCUAUUGAGACAAUGCUAUUUAACAUUCAACCUUGGGUGUCUGGAGCAUUAGUAUGAAGAGUUAAUUGUUUGAUAAUUAUAUGUAACUUAAAUGAAGCACUGUCAACCUGAAGAAUUUAAGUAAACAAUGUCACUGUAAUCAAUGAGACUGUAUUGAGUUACUGUUGAUCUUAAGUGUAUAAAGAUGUGAUGUACUUUGGGUUUAGGAGGCCUGUUCUUCCAAGAAUGUCUCCAGUAUGAUGCCAGUUUGCUUGCUGAAUAAAGACUGCUGUAUCACCAGCUUCGGUGUCUCCCAGUGACUUCAUUCAGUCACAAGAAGAAACUAGGAUCAACCUGGUGCUAGUAAACAUAUGAUGGGUCCAAUUGCCUCUUCCUAUGUAUGAAUUUUUAUGAAGACUUCA